GCUAAUUCGUACGAAUGACCACACCUAACCCUACCCCUAAACCUACCCCUUACAGGAAUCAUGCAAAAUCAUUAUUUUUAGUGCACAUUUUAUGAGCGCGUGCGUUCUCUGGGAUCACGUAAUUACAUAUCGUCGUAUAACGCAAUGCUCUACCAACCAAGCUACACGAAACCCGAACUAUGAUGCAGAUAAAAGAGUAAAAAACAUUAUGUCCUGUUGCCGAUAGGGGCGCAAUUGUAGCAUACGCUCUGAUGGGUCGUAUUUCAGGGAUUUGGACAAACGACCUAUACGUAUUGGUUGGAGGACAGAUUCACAUCAAGAACGAAAGUUCUCAAUGCUGGAGAGCUGGAUGAACAGCCAUACUUCUGAUCUAACUUCAGUCAAAUCUGAUUUUCAGAUCACAGGUGGUGAUCUAGAAAAGAAGGUUGCUGAGCUGCAGACCUUAGUGUUCAUCUUGAGUUCAUAUUUGAACACGUCUGGAGCAAGUAACCCAAUGACCAGGGAAAUGCAAAUAAAGAAGUUGUCUAAUAUUGAGACCCUGAUGACUGAUCUUGGCUCCUCGCUGAGUUCACUCACAUCCAAACAAGAAGAAAACCUACAAAAGCUGGAGCGCCAGAAGAAUGUGUCACACACUGAAGUCAAGAGUUUGAUGGACAGUUUGAGGUCUGCAGUAUCGGCUCUUAGGGACGAGCUGACAGAGAACAGUUUGGUGACAUCUAUUGUUUCUCUACAGUCUAUUCCACGCACACAACGGAUCUUGAUGGACAUGGCAAGCUCACUGUCAGACCUGAAGCAUUCAGUAGGAGGACUGAGAUCAUCUAUUCAGACUCUUUCUUAUAAACUGUCAUUUACAAACUUGCUUACGUCAGGCUGUACUGAACCCAAUUGGAUCCCGUUCAGAAACAGCUGUUACCUGUUCGCGCAGGAUACAAUGAACUGGACCAAAGCAAAAGAUUACUGCGAAGAGAAGGGCGCGUUACUCCUAAAAAUUGAAGAUGGUUCUGAGAAGGAGUGGCAAUUUGUUACCAAUUUUGCCAAACCACAUGACUACUGGAUUGGUCUCACAGACCAGAACACAGGGCAGUGGAGAUGGGCGGAUGACACUCCUUACAUUAUGAAUAGAGAACACUGGCGUCCUGGGCAGCCAGAUGACUGGACUGAACACGACCUGGGAGAAGGAGGAGAGGACUGUGGGCAAAUUGCAUAUGAUGGGAUGCUUAAUGAUGCCCACUGCUCUGCCAAAAUGAAGUAUAUAUGUGAAAUGCGAAACUGAAUGAAUUAAAUUUUCACACCUUGCAAGCACAGUGUAAAUAGGCUUUGUUUUGACCGUAUUAAGUUUUUGUGUGUGUGAAUUGUGUAAAUUACAAGCCACAUUAAAGAUGUGUUUAUCAGUGUUGUGGUGUAGUUACUAAUAUGACUAAAUUAAUAUCUCUUUCUACCAAAUUAACCUUUCUCGUUUGAAUGGAAACAGUGUGCCAACUGUAAACAAAUCAACAAGAAUCAAACUGAUGAACUAAUAAAAUACUCAGUCUUCCUGUCAUGCAGUAGAAAGGGUCUGAAUGACAUCCUCAAUAUUGUGAUUAAACAAAUAAUUAUUUCAAAUACUUCAAAUUGUGUCAUAAUUUCAAAUGAUUAUUGCAUGAUUUUUAUUGUAAGACAAAGGCAGUGAGAUGAGGUAUCACUAUUCUAAAGGGGCAGUUCAGGCAUUCGACGCAUUAAAAAUGAGUUUUUUUU